AUGAGCGGCUCCUUCGAUCGCAAGCUCAGCAGCAUCCUCACCGACAUCUCCAGCUCCCUCAGCUGCCAUGCGGGCUCCAAGGACUCUCCCACCCUGCCCGAGUCUUCGGUCACCGACCUGGGCUACUACAGCGCGCCCCAGCACGACUACUACUCGGGCCAGCCCUACGGCCAGACCGUGAACCCCUACACCUACCACCACCAGUUCAAUCUCAACGGGCUCGCGGGCACCGGCGCCUACUCGCCCAAGUCGGAAUAUAGCACCUAUGGAGCCUCCUACCGGCAGUACGGAGCCUACCGGGAGCAGCCUCUGCCCGCCCAGGACCCAG